AUGAAGCGGACCAUCCACGACCUACAGACGAGCAACGCUGACGCCUCCGUGGAAUCCGGAAUCGCCAUCACAGAGCGGAACACACGAGGACACAUGAAGCAGACCAGGAACGCGUUCACGGCAACCGUUCCAGCCAACGGCAACUCCAGCGACCAGGUCAUCAGUCAAGUUAGGCCCGUUACGAGAUCAUAUCAGUCAUUUGGUGACCACGCGAAAUCACUUCCUACCCGUAUCAUAUACAAUUUUCCCACUUCCGACAAAAUGGCAACGGAACAACGUAUUAAAGAAUUGAAGGAUAAACGGCGAUCCUUCAAAGCGCAAAUCACGAUGUUCGGGAAUUACGUGGAGAAAUAUCAAGACUCUCUUCAAGAGUUUUUUAAAAUUAAGGAAAAGACAGAACGACUGCACGCGCAAUAUAUCGGUUUUAGUUGGGGACAAGACGUUUUCGACGGCUCCGUUAAAUCGAGCAGCGGAUUAUCUCUUAAUGACACGUUGUUAGCCGGGCCCACAAUACAGAGCGACCUAUUUUCGUUAUUUCUGCGAUUCAGGAUGCACGUGUACGUCAUGAUCGGAGAUAUAGAGAAAAUGUACCGACAAUUCCUCGUGCGACCGGAAGAUCGGGCUUUCCAGCGCAUCUUAUGGAGAGACGAGAAAAACAACGUGGCUACGUACGAACUGAACACCGUCACGUUCUGUUUAACCGUGGCUCCAUAUCUCGCCAUACGAUGCGUACUCCAGUUCGCGGACGACGAGAAAGACCAAUUCCCGGACGUUUCAACGACCGUGAAGCGGGAUCUAUACGUCGACGAUCUACUAACUGGAGCUAACACCAUCAAGGAGGCGAGAAAAUUACGUAUAGAAAUUCUCAGCCUGUUCGAACGAGGAGGACUGGACCACGAGCAGAUCCACCCGAACAUCCUAGGCGACCCGACAACUAUGAAGACGCUCAGCAUAUUAUGGGACGCGCGAAAGGACAGGAUUUUAUAUACGGUUGAGCCGCCAAGCAGCCAGACGAUCACCAAACGAACAAUCUUGUCAGCAAUUACCAAAAUCUUCGACCCGUUGGGACUACUCGGACAAGUAACCAUCACGGCGAAAAUGAUCAUGCAACAUGAUUGA